AUGACUCUUGAGACAGAGCUCGCCGAUUUGAAUAUCAAAGCCGAGAGCUCAAACGAUGGUAGUGAAGAUGCUAAGAAAGAUGGUAGUGAAGAAGGAAAAGGUGAAAAACCCGAUGAAAAAGAUGAGGUGUGUGCUCCAGAAGAACAUCAUGACAAAUUCAAUCCACACGCCUAUUUAAACGCUUUUUACAAAUCGGCCACCGAGGACACGGCAAUGCAGGUUGUGCUCUUCUUUUUGCCGGGUAUUCUGUAUCGAGUACCGACAAAGAUCACGACUUUUCUCGAUUUGGGCGCUGGGCCAACUGUUUAUUUCCCGAUCGCAAUCCGAGAUCGAGCGACGCGAAUUUUUUCAUCCGAUUACGCACCUGCCAAUCGAGCGGCACUCAUCGAAUGGGCUGAAAAGCGAUCCACCUUUGAUUGGGGAGAGGUGUGCAAAUGGAUUGCUUCGAUCGAAGCGUCAAAUCAGACAGCCGAUCAGAUGCAACAAGCAGCCAGGGACAAGCUCGAGGCUGUUUUAGAAGUGGAUGUCCAUCAUAAGCCGGUGGUCAAAAAUAUUCAAUGGACGAAAAAUGCGCAAGUGAAAGUGCCGGAAAAGUUUCAAGUUGUUUCCUCGGUUUUCUGUUUGGAGUACUCGUGUGAGACGUAUGAUGGGUACAUCGAAGCGGUGAGCAGUGCCUGUUCACUCGUCGAAGAUGGCGGAUAUUUGAUACAAGGCGGUGUUCUUGAUGCCACUUCUUACAAUUUCGACGGGAAACAAUUUCGAUCGCAUCGUCUGCGAAAACAGCACAUUAUUGAGGCUUUGCGAGUAAACGGCUUUGGACACGUGGAAAAGACCGAUGAUUUCAAAUACAUUGAGGCCGAGGAGAUCUUUUUGCUUUGUUCGAAAAAAAUUGUCUUGAAUGAU